AUGGAGCUGCUUGACAAGAUGGCCGUUUACGUCCUGGUCAUCACGCCGCUCAUCAUGCUGGCCAAGCCCAUCCUGCCAAAGGUUGUCUGGGGCUAUGACUUCCUACCCCAGAUGGCGUGCCACAUGUGGUCCUUUGUCAUUGCUUGCUUCAUUCUACUGCACAGCGGAGAUGACUACAUG